AUGAGGCUCACUGCUGCGUCGGCGUUCCUUUCUGCCGCCCUCGCCGCGGCAGCCCCGAAAGCACAAGACGAAGAGCCCGGUGCAGUGUUCGGCAUCUCGUUCACAUACGAGAACGGCACCUUCACCGAUGUCUACGACGUGCCUGAGACGCUAUCAGGGUACCCCCUAGCCAGCAACGGCAUCGUGACGAACGUCUUCAUCUACCCCCCGCCAGGCCAGUCCGCCCGCUGCGCGUUUCUAGAACCCGAGCCCAGCAGACAGGGGCUCGGGGUCUGGACGAUUGCCCGCGCGACGACCGUUGUCCUCAGCCCCCCGGCAGAAGUGGGCUACGUGCAGUGUAACCGAGCCUAA